CAAGAGGAUACAUUGUAACGACUUUCCGCUUUGAAAACAAUUCGAAUUUCACUCUCGCUGUUACGGACUAUUAUUGGAACAAACUCUCGUUAUAAGUGAACAAAGUACUCGCGAACUUUAAGAACACAAUUUAAAAAAAUAACUUUAUUUAUUUUUUUAUAUAUAUUUAGAUCUAUCGUUUACUACUAUGGUCAUCAUGGAAGUGUCCGCCAUCGACUCUGCUUUGUUUCGGGAUCUCCUGGAUGAUUCGGGCUGUCUGGUUCUGGACUGUCGCUCGUUCUUCGCCUUCAGCUCGUCUCAUAUUUCGGGAUCCACUAAUGUGCGCUUCAGUACGAUAGUGCGGCGAAGGGCCAGAGGGGGUCUGGGACUGGAGCACAUUGUGCCCAACGAGGACACCAGGAACAGACUUCUGUCCGGGGAAUACCAGAGUGUCGUUUUCUUGGAUGACCGGAGUCGAGAUAUGGGAGAAGUGAAGAAAGAUGGGACUUUAAUGCUUGCUGUGAACGCUUUGUGUCGCAAUCCAUGUGGAGCAAGUGUGUUCUUUCUUAAAGGUGGAUUUGACACAUUUUCCUCCGAAUUUCCUGAAAUGUGUUCCAAGCCUGUCCCUCCACAGGGCUUGAGUUUACCUUUGAGCUCCAGUUUCCAUCCAAACACCGUUGAGACCUCUUGUAAUUCAUGUCCAACCCCUCUAUAUGAUCAGGGUGGCCCAGUAGAAAUCCUGCCAUUCUUAUAUUUAGGCAGUGCCUACCAUGCGUCUAGAAAAGACAUGCUGGACAUGUUGGGAAUCACGGCCCUCAUUAACGUCUCUUCCAACUGCCCCAACCACUUUGAAGACCACUACCAGUACAAAAGUAUUCCAGUGGAGGACAACCAUAAAGCCAAUAUCAGCUCCUGGUUCAAUGAGGCCAUCGAAUUUAUCGAUUCAGUACGGAAUAAAGGUGGACGUGUGUUCGUUCACUGCCAAGCCGGUAUCUCGCGCUCCGCCACCAUCUGUUUGGCUUACCUGAUGCGCACCAAGCGCGUGAAGCUCGAAGAGGCUUUUGAGUUCGUCAAACAGCGGCGCAGCAUCAUCUCGCCCAACUUCAGUUUCAUGGGGCAGCUCUUGCAGUUCGAAUCACAAGUCCUCGCUUCCUCCACGUGCUCCUCGGAGGCCGGAAGCCCCGCCAUCGGCAAAAGCACCACAGUAUUCAACUUUACUGUUUCCAUUCCCGUACACACGACAGCUAGCCCACUUUCCUUUUUACAGAGCCCCAUCACUACCUCACCAUCCUGCUAAAUGUACUUGAUUUAAAACUUUUGUUCUCGCCUCUAAGCCGGGGCGAGUUUUAUUUAUGUGACUAUAUGAUCCCUGAGGUGAUCUUUCCAGUAUUAGACUUCAGAACAUGUGGUUCCAUUUGUUGCUACAAGUAUUCCACGAUUGUACAUAGGAGUUGGUGGCUGGUUUAUAUAAACGUUUUAACAACACGGUACACAAAUGUUGGCUUAAUUGUAUGAUCACGGUGUUUGUUUUAAAGUUUGUGACGAAAACCAUGUUUAAACACUCCGCUAUCCUGUCCAUCAAUGUUCUCCAGUCUUUGUUUGUAUUGUUGUUGACUUGGUAGAUCUUGAUGAUCAGUUUGUUUUUGUUAGCAUCAAAAGAACUCUUAUGUCUUACAGGUUGCUCAGGGACCGUUUUCUGUCUUUUUUACAUGAUGUUACUGUUUCAUUUCUUACGAGAUUAGUCGUUAGACUUGAAGGUGCUAAUCUAAACGAGUACUGCUACUUGGUUUCUUUAUGAAUGUUGAUACAAUGUCUGUGCAGGCUCUGCCUUAAGACAGUGGAAAUUGAAAUGAUUCCUGAGCCUGUCAUGCCUUUUCAGAGCUUAAUCUGAUUCUUCACGACGUUUGUUUGUUAUUUGUAAACAAACACCGAAUACCUCAUGUGUCUGUACUGUUGUCAGUUUUCUAAGAGUCUCAUAAGCACUACUAACAGGAACGGCUCUUACAAGAUUGGUCUGAUAUAUGUGACUAUUUAUUGAGUAAAUUAAUAUAUUUCUUAUGCCAUAUUAUUUUUUUCAUAUAUUUGUGGUACUUGAUGCCGACAAAUAAACCUAUUUGCAUACAAUACAA